AUGAUAAUUGUUUAAUAUAAAAUUAACCACUCCUCAGAGCUCAGAGAGUUGAAGAUGGCGAACCCUAGGAGGACAUUGACGGAGAACCACAGAUUGUCGCCGUUGAUCAACCUACUGAAGAAGCCUCAAGCGAUUCCUCUGCUUCUCUCCUUCUUCCUCUUCCUCACAUGGAUCAGUCUCAGGUUACAGCACUCUUCUCACCUCUCCUCGUCUACUUCCCACACGAAAUCAUCGGCGGUGAAGAGUCAUCAUCAUCCGGAUUCCGAGGUCCUAGACGAAGACGACAAGGCUAGUCUGGUCCGGUUCGAUACGGCGUCGAUUUCGCCAAUUAGAAAAGACGACCGUGGAUGGUUGCUUGAUCCGGUCACCCUUGCACGUGACUCUCGGCUCCACGGUGGAGCAGCCACGUGUGUUUCCAUUCAUGUUGGUGAGAUCAAGCCUGGUGGAUUGAGGGGAAACCACAGACACCAUACUUGUAACGAGACCUUCGUCUUAUGGGGAGCCAAGACGAGGUUCAGGCUGGAGAAUCACAAUGUCGAAAAAGGUUAUGCGGAAGUGUUAAUUGGAGAGGAUGAAGUGGCUGUAGCGGUUAGUCCGAGUGGCACAGCACAUGCUAUAGUAAAUGUUGAUCCUGUACGUUCUACUUUCUUGAUUGGCUGCCAAGACAGUAAUCUGCACAACAGCUCAACUAGCGACUACAAAGUAUGGAAAGAUCUUUAAUCCAUGUUUGUUUUUCUUUUGGCUUUUAAACCAGAUUACUUCUUCCUAUGUAAUCUGGUUUCUUUCUUUCUUUCUAGCUCUUAUUUGUAUAGAAUAGGCUUUGUUUCUUUUGUCAAUUGUUACUGUGAUUAUAACCCUGAAACUUCUAAUGUUUAGGUUUCAUUUACGUAUAUGUUUCACGAUC